AUGGACAGCAUCCCCAAAAGGCUCAAGGAUGCAGUAGUUUCCAAGAAUUCCAACGUAUCUACGUUUUCAUUUAUGACGUCUACGCCGCCGCAGAUACAAAACAGCACACAUAUCCUGGCAGUAUGCCCCGUGCAGCAGCAUUACGCAAGUCGCAAUUUGGAUGGCUGGUUCUUGGCAGAUUUCUACGCCUUUAACUUGCUAUUUAAAGGACUCGGCGCCAGUCAAACCUGGCUCACAGCAGCGGACCCUACCGCUCUUGUCCAACAGUAUGGCAAAUACGUCCACGGUAAUCCAUACCAGGCGCGGAAAGUUGUUCUCAGCAGAAACAUUCUCGAAAAGGGCCAAAUUACGCCCGUCACUGUCAUGAAACACGAGGACUUAGGCGAUACAUUUCUGGAACACGUAGCCAAGGUCUCGGAAACAGCAAAGCGCACACGUGGCCCGGUGCUUCUCAUCGUCUGCUGUCACGGAUUGCCUAACCAUUACUUCUCUUUCGGGUCCGGUGAGGGUAGGGGACCGAAAAUUUCAAUUGUGCGCGUGCAGAACGUCUUGGAGCGCAAUGUUCCCGUCUGUCUCCUGACCACAGCAUGCUACUCGGCAGGGUGGAGUGUUAGCACGGAUAUCAACAUUAGUACCAUGACAGCUGCAGAUGCCGAACAGGAAUCGAACUCAUGGGUGGCUAGCAAGAAUAUCUCGAGAUACUCUGGGUCGAUUUUUGCGAGCAGUAUUAUCGACGCCAUGAAAUCUGCGACCGACGAACUGGGACGACAAAUCAGCACACAAGACAUGGCCAAUGCAGACGAGACGCUCUCGAAGCUCGACCAAAAUCGGCGAAAAACCUCGCUACGAAAUCGUUAUUGGAGUUCUGCCGAUCCUCAAGACGACCAGUGGGGAGUUCCCUGGCAGUAUUCGAUGUCUUUUUUCUUGACAGAUUUUGCCAGCCGGUGGGCCAAGCUGGAAGACUACCUCUAUACCGGCAGCGAAGUGGCUAAGUCGAAUCUGGAUCCGUCGCCAACCAACCCAUCCUUUGGUACAGCUGGCCCUUCACGCACAGGCGGAGACACAAACGCCGGGAUACGGACACGGACAGGACAAGACCACCAAGACUACAAUCAGCCAAGACCGGACACAGUCCCCACAAUCCGGUCGGUCAAUACGGAACUUCCCGAGCGACCAAGCCAGUGGCUGAUGCCGCUGCAGAAAGAUGCCGGUCUCGGGAUUUUAGAGGAUGCCGCCAUGGCCCGACACAUCAACCGACUCGUGGAAGACAUGAAAGACUCGUGUCCCGGUGACGAGCUCCGUGGUUACUGGCACUUGCUGGAUGAUUACUAUUCCAGAUGUGCCGAGACCGGCCGUAGUACGCUCGAGUACGAUGGCGACGACGAUGACGACGAUGACGAUGGCACCGGGGGCAGCUAUAUAGGUAUGGACAACUGGAACCUGUUCUCGAUCGUCCAGUACCGGACCACGGCGUCAGAUUUUGCGACACACAAUAUUGUGGAUGCAUUGCGACUACCUCGACCCAACGGCCAGGACUGUCUUCACUGGGACCGCGACGCAUGGGAGGACCGCAUGGUAGCGGAUCCACGGAACAAGGCCGCGAACGGGGCACAACUUGACGCCCGAAUGCAUCGGGUGUGGUCCUACCUGUCUAAGCGGUCUUUUUUUGAAAUGCUCACGCCCGCUAUCGACCAGGGCACGCAUGUUAUCCGCUUCCAUAGGUACGUGAUUGCGGCUAUUUUCGAGGCACACCUCGGCAGUGAGUCCGCCGAAAAUGCCGUCAUGGACCAAGUGAUCGACAUUCUCAAUCGUCACCAAAGCUACUAUGCGUCUGUCGCCCGUUCGAGCCGCGAAGUGCUGAUGUCGGCGCGUCGGUACCAUUCUAUUCGGCAGACUCUGAAACGAAAGCCUCGUCACAGCGAAUGUUAG